AUGUUCUCAAUGAUGUCAAAAUUGUUUCAAUAGUCUUACAUGUUUAGCACAGCUUAGACAUACCUUGAAAGAGUGGUAAGUAAUAUAUAUAUUACUCAGGUACCCAAAUAUUAAUUAUUUAAAAUAAGUGAUAAUAAUUUCUCCAUUUCAAAAACCUUAAGGAUAAUCUCGAGAAUAUAAAAUUUAUGCCCGAAAGAAUCUUUACAAGUUCUAUUAGUAAAAUAAGUGGAUAUGAGAAUUAUUAUUAACGUUACCUAACAAAUAUAACCUAUAUCACCAAAAAAGUUGGAAACUAGGAUUGUAAACUUUUUUUCGAAAUUGUAGUAGUACACUAAGCGUUUAUUCUUGAUACAAUAAAUGGUGGCACUUCUUUACAAUAUCUAUGAGGUUUCUAUAUGGUUAAUUCUAAUUCAUGCUAGCCAUGCAAUUAGAUCUGCAAUAAGAUUAGAUUGCUGAGCAAAAUAUUAGUCUUUAUCAACAUUUGCUUUUCAGUAGUUAUCCAUGAUAUCAAUUAAGACUGUUUCAUAUACUCACCGAGAAAACUGGAAGAAGAUGGAAAACAAAACUACGAGCUAUUAAAAGAAAUCCAGGCACUACUAGAACUCAAAGAAGAAAGUAUCCUUGAGAAUAAGUAUUUUGUCUUAAUGAAAGAAGCCAAUCGUCACUAAGUAUUAAUUUGAUACUUGAGGAUCAAUUUGAAACUGCCAAAACUAAAAACUAACCUCUAUGACAUUUAGUAAUAUAGAGUAAGGACUUUAAUAUCAAAUUGUUUUAAGAGUUUGGAGCAAGACUGCAAAAGAAUAUUAGGAUGGAGCUCAUUAAUAUUAUAUUUCAUAGUGGAACUCUAAGUUAUUGGAUGAGUAGGCCGUGGAAUGAUUAAAAACAAGGUCAGUCUCACUUGAUUAAUUUCAUAGAGUCAAUGAUGAUUAAAUGUAAUUGAAGCUUUAAAGUUUUCACUUAAAGCUCUGAAGAUGUUAGACAAAUAGGAAAAUUUUGUCAAUACAAAAUGCUUUAACAAGAAAAAUUGUGGAUAUCCUCAGUUUUUUUUUGGACAAUUAACGUAGAGUUUGCAGUAAUGGAUGAAAGAUGCCUGCAAUUCAAAUCUUAUUUUAUAUGACUUUAAUAAGACCCUAACUGUAUUACCAGCAACAACUCCAUAUUAACUUGUCAAUAAAAAACCUGCAUCAGCUAUUGCUUCUUAAUAUUUUUGGUUAUUUAUUAGGAAACCUUACUAGAUCCUGGUGCCUGCACUUUAUGUUCGACUUCCUAAGCUUCCGUAGUCAAUGUCACUACAUUUAUUAAUUGUAUUAUUGGUUCGUUCUUAAGGUAGAUAAUACAUAUUAAGCUUGUUCCUUCCCUUGCGUUAUUUUUGGCAAAUAGGAGUUAUUUAUUUAUAAAGUUACUCUCGUUGA